GGGGGAAAUGAGAGGAUCUAAAAUUUGGGCUUUGGGGCUCCACAAGAAUAUUUAAAUACUUAAAUUCACCCUGUGAAUCCAGCUUGUUUGAAUACUUUUGAGUAUGUUCAGUUUCAUUUUAUGUUUCACUGCAACCCAGGAGCUGUUAGGAGAACCAAGUGGUUAUGCUGGGCAGAACAAGAAGAUUCCCCUUCAUGUUUGUUACUUCUUGCCUCUCUUCCUCUGUUUCACAGUUUCCUGGCAGUGUUUUUUCCUGAUUUGCAGGUGUUCCACUUACAGUUAAUUGUACCUAUGUGUGUUUAUGCUAUACUACAUUACUCUGUAGCAUUUGGAUUACUUUAUGCAACUAGAAGCUUAAAGGUUGCAAGAUAGCAAGAGGAGAAAUGAAGAGAAAAUGGCUAGAAAGACUGAAGAAGGUGGAAGAACUAGCAUCUCACUAUGAAAGAAAUCCUCUUCCUACAGUUUAUAGACCAAGACUGUCCAAACCCUCUAUGCCACCCUCUGUUUGGAAAAUAUUUUCUCGACAGGCUGAAGCUUUUAAUUAUGUAAAAUCCUGCAAAGAGGAUGUUCAUGUGUUUGCUUUGGAAAAGAACACACAGAGUGGACAGAGGUUUUACCUUGUGACAACAUAUGAAGAGCUUUGGUUUUAUUACACCCAAGGUUGCAAAACAAGUCUUAUGCAUUGCUAUGAAGUAAUUCCUGAAAAAGAUGCUUGCAAACUUUAUUUUGAUUUGGAAUUUUACAAACCAGCAAAUCCUGAUGCAGAUGGCAAGAGUAUGGUCAUGAAGUUAAUUGAGCUUGUCAGCCAAAAAUUAAAAGAAUUUUAUGAUGUAAAUUGUUCAUCAGAAGAUGUCUUGAACUUGGAUUCCAGCACUGAUGAAAAAUUUAGUCGGCACUUAAUAUUUCUACCCCCAAAGACUGUAUUUAAGGAUAACACUCAUAUUGGUAACUUUGUGAGAACCAUUUUGCAGCCUGCCAUAAGAUUAAUGGAGAAUAGGGCUGCUGUGAUUCCAACUGAAGAAGCAGGGAGUGUUUUGCAGUGUUCUGCAGGAACUGGAUUAGAUGGUUCUCUUACAAACCUCACAGCUGUUGAAGAUGAUUCUAAAGACAGGCCAGCCAUUGUUCACGAAACAAAGGACAUGGAAAUGCCACACCAGGGAGAAAACUUGGAUUUUUCCUUCCUAAUAGUAAAGGAUAAAGAGGGCAACAAGCAGCUUUUUGUGGAUCUAGGAGUUUAUACAAAGAAUAGAAAUUUCCGGAUGUAUAAGUCAUCAAAAGCAGGAAAAAAUGUGAUUCUGAAGAUAGCAGACGAUAAUAAGUUUAUCCCCAACUGUGAAAAGGAUGUUUCCUUGGAAGAAGCAUAUUUUCUUUCCUCUCUAAUCUGCAAUACUGGAGCGAGGGAUGACUUAAAAGUUCUGUCAUCUGGCUUUUCAGAGGAGGAGAGAAAAAUGUCUGCUUUUUUAAACAGUAAAACUACCAGAAGCAGCAGAGAUCCCAUGGAAGGUUACCAGGGUUCGCCAUAUCCAGAAAUUGAUAAUUUUGUUCGUUCUUUGGUUAAUAAAGAUGGGCUACGAGGAGGGAUACGACAAUGGAGUUACUUCUCUCUCAAAGAACUACUUAUUUAUGAUAUUUCUGGUUACCGUUGGUGUGAAAAUAUCGGCAGAGCUCACAAAAGUAACAAUAUCAUGAUUCUGGUAGAUCUAAAGAAUGAAGUCUGGUAUCAAAAGUGUCACGAUCCUGUCUGCAGAGAACAAAACUUCAAAUCACAAAGUUUUCCACUGCCACCUGGGAUAUGCCUCCCAGCUCUUUUCAAAGAGGAAGAAGAGUCCAUGCUAAUGGAUGACAGGGGGCACAAAGAAGGAAAAGUAAAUCCACAUUCUAAUGUGUCAGACUUGUCAAAAAGCUCAGCAUCUCCAGAGAACAGCUGGUCUCAAGACUUCCUGUUGUCAGACAGUGAGUGGGAAAACACAAGUGACGAUGCCUGUUUCCUAGAAGCUGCUGAAGAUGUGGAACUAGCUGAAGCUGCAGAUGACAGUCUGAAUUAUGCCAUGGAAGAAAUCCCAGAUGAAGUUCUUUUGGAAGCUUUAAGGAAAGAAGACCUCUACACUAAAGAAGGCAGCUAAGCACAGGCCUGGCCAGCAGUGAAUGACACUCGUGUGUCACAUGCUGGUGUGAAGGGUCCUGCGGGGUGGUUCACAAGCACCACUCCAGAGCUGCAAGAUGAAGAAUGGAGAGCCUGGGUGAACCUCAGCAGGCAUGAGGAGAUCAUGGAAGAUCACAUGGGGGCUGAAGAGAGCUGGACUAAAAUACUCAUUGUGGAUGCUGCUCCAAGCUUAGCACUUUUAAUGCUCUUUGCUGUACGCUUUCUGUUUUGUUAGUUGUAUGUCCAAGUUUUAUUGAGAAGCCAACAAAACAGACUUUUUAUUUCCAUAAAUGAGAUUAAAUAAUUUAUUUCAAAUUCAAAUUUAAUAAAAAGAUUUGUUUAUUCAUCUUUGUUGAA